AUGACAGGGCGUGGAGUCUUGCAAGGCCAGAAUUACCUAGGUAGCCUUACCCUUAAGGAAACUCACAACAUAUUCCUGUGGUACAUGGCUGCAAAUAAACUUAAACUAGAGUUUCCGCUCACAAAAAGAAAUGGGCUUGUACCUCAGCAAUGCCAUCGAUUUCAGUCAUCUGCAUAUGACAGUAAUCAGUGCAGGUACAGAGGGCUGUAUGACAGUUCUCAUUUUGCUGUAGACAAAUGGUCAUUUAUAGCAGGACCGGUAAUGUAUGGGUCAAGCUGUGGCAAAGCUGAAUACAGCAUCAAAAUUGAACUGAAGCACUUAGGGGUAGUCCACACUCAAAAUCUGACAAAGUUUACCUCCAAUGGCUCCAGCAAUACUUUCUCUGUGUUUUUUGAACACCCUGUGCAGGUUGAGCAAGAUACGUUCUACCAUGAAAGUGUUAUCUCAACAGUAAUGACUGAAGUGCAGUGUGGGAAAGUGACAUUCUGGUUCCAGCGCUCCUCAGACAGUGCUAAUGGAAGUGGAGCACACGGAGGACAAACACCUGAGCUCAUUUUCUAUGCAUGA